AGCUUGAUUAGUUUGUAUUCGAAAAAUAAGUUAGAGAAGAUUCUUACAAUCAAGUGAAAAUAAGCAAAAGAGUAUAAAGAAAUCGAGGGAGAGAACGGAACAAAGAGAGGGUUGAAAAAUAUGACCCGUUGUGGUUUGUUCAUGUUAGUAUGAAACGAAGUGUCUCAAUGAGUGAAAAUGCGCUUUUCGGUCUGUGCGUUGCCUGCGGCAAGUGUGACGAAGUGAGGAAAAUCUGAGAUUGGGUGUUGCAAGUGCAGGCAGUGGGUGUUUUUUUUUAUUUUUCUCACACCUGUAGCCUGGGACCAAGGUUCGGUUGACGCGUGGCCGACACGCGUCGACGUUUAAAGGAUUGUUUGGAGAACCGAUCGCUGACGCGUGUCGCCGACGCGUGUUCUUCCCCCUUUGCGAUAGCGAAGAGAGGGUGUUAGAAAUUCCUGUGGAGCAUGUGUACAGCAUACAGCGAUUGAAAAAUACCGUUGUUGGAAUGGAGAGGUCUCUGGAAGAUUUCGUGUCUUUGAUAUCGAGGUACACGGGCCGAUCUCGCUGUUGUUAAAAUAGGACCAUUCAGUAGAAUUUGUGAGAAGAAAUGUUAAAGCCGGCUCUUCUCGAUCUAACUAGUCAAAAUGUACCAAAUAUUGUCCCUGCACUAGAUUAUUCGAGUAAAGAGGAAACAGAGUGACGCAGUGAAUUUCCAACGAUCAUGAGCUUUCGAACGAAGUUCCAAGAACGUUAAUUCGACAUUCAAAUCGCGAUCGUUUGAACUAGCGCGUAGGUCGAUUCGGGAAUGUGUGAGAUUUAAAUCGGCGAGUAGUAAGUAAGAAAACGCGGCAAAAUGUAUUCCAUUGACAACCUCGAUCUGGACAUGAUGAAUAGGCAGUACAUGUACGAAGCUCACAGCUUCCUUGGUAAUCCUGCGAUACCGUCGUUGCCACCGCACUGUGGACCUCCAACGACGGCGAGCUUACUCCCGAUUCCUCCCCAAAUGCCUUCACAUCCACCAGGAAGCACAGGCAGCACGAGUGGCAGCGAUUUGUAUCUAUACGAUGAAAACAGCAGUGACAACGAGAGCGCGUAUAGCAGUGACCAGGAAAAUCACACUAGAGAACGAAACGGGCGCAAUCGGCGAUCAGGAGGAUCGUCUUCAGGCGGAAAAUGUCCUCGGCAAGCGGUUCAGCAACGGCAAGCAGCGAAUCUUCGGGAACGACGGCGAAUGCAGAGCAUAAACGAUGCCUUCGAGGGCCUCAGAGCCCACAUACCAACUCUUCCGUACGAAAAGCGGCUCUCUAAGGUUGACACGCUCAAGCUCGCCAUCGGAUACAUCAAUUUCCUCAACGAACUCGUUCGGGCCGAUAAGGGCAACGAUCCCCUCACCGGUGGAAGCUUGUCACGAUGUUCCGGUCGCGACGAUUCGAAGAAAGUCAUAGUCCGCGGUAGCGGUGGUAACCCGUUUCUCUCACACUCGUUAUCAUGGUCCAGAAAAUCUGACAUUUCUCCGAACGGUACGAUGUACGCGAAAGUCUGGACGCCGGAAGAUCCUCGAGCUAACAAAAGCGUCGGAGGCGUGGGUCCCGGUGGUGGGAACACCUUCGUUGAGUGAAACUGUUGAAAAUAGCGUCAUUCAACCUCUCCGGGCGUAAAUCCAGACGUCGUUCGACAUGCAGACGACAAGAAGUCGAAAGGUAAAAAGAAGCUCUUUUGCGC